AAAAAAAGGAAGAAAAAACUUUGGCAGGCAUACAGUGCCUUACAUCAAUCUAGCAGUCAGCAUCUAUGUAGACGUUCUUUCCUCCUUUUGUGCAACACCCCUUCCCUCCUACAGACCACCCAAAACCCUAUAAAUAAUCCAGGGACUGUAUUUUUUCUCUAGAUUUCUGUACAGACCUCAAAGGAAAAAUAUCAGGCAAGAGAAGGGAGAGAGGGAGAAGGGAAAGUGAGGAGGGGAGAGAGAGGAAAGAUGGCUAGUGAAUUCAAAAAGAAAAUCUUCUGGAGGGCAGUGGUGGCUGAGUUCCUUGCCAUGAGCCUUUUUAUUUUUAUCAGCAUUGGCUCGGCUCUGGGUUUUAGCUUCCCAGUGGUGGGCAACAAAACAUCCACAAGGUCUCAGGACAACGUGAAGGUUUCGCUGGCUUUUGGGUUAUCCAUCGCUACCAUGGCACAGAGCGUGGGCCACAUCAGCGGUGCACACCUGAACCCGGCUGUCACCCUGGGCCUCCUGCUGAGCUGCCAGAUCAGCAUCUUCAAGGCGCUCAUGUACAUCAUUGCCCAGUGCCUGGGGGCAGUGGUGGCCACAGCUAUUCUGUCAGGAGUCACCUCUUCUCUCCCAAACAACCUCCUGGGGCUCAACUCUCUUUCAGAGGGAAUCAAUGCUGGCCAAGGACUAGGUAUCGAAAUCAUUGCUACCUUCCAGCUGGUGCUGUGUGUCCUCGCCACCACAGACCGGAGAAGGAAUGAUGUCUCGGGAUCAGCACCCUUGGCCAUCGGUCUCUCUGUUGCCUUGGGACAUCUUCUUGCUAUUGACUACACCGGUUGUGGAAUUAACCCAGCCAGAUCUUUUGGCUCAGCACUGAUUGCCAACAACUUUGAAAAUCACUGGAUCUUCUGGGUUGGCCCAAUCAUUGGAGGAGCCAGCGCUGCCCUGAUUUACGACUUCAUCCUGGCACCCAGAAGCAGCGACCUGACCGACCGCAUGAAGGUGUGGACCAGUGGCCAAGUAGAAGAGUAUGAUCUGGAAGGAGAUGAUAUGAACUCUCGGGUUGAAAUGAAGCCAAAAUAAAGAAGCACAAGGAAAAAAAGAAAUAAUACUUUGGUUUCUGAAGAUUUUAUCAGUGUUAUAGACUUUUUGUAAACCAGCAAGCAGUACUUUGUUUUUUUAAUUCAACAUGGUUUUCCAUUUUUUACCCCCAAUCUUAAUAACAUUUUUAUACCUGGGGUUUUUCAAUUACAAAGUCUUCAGGCCAAGAAAUCAUUAGACACUUUCAUGUGAGCUAAAUAAAUUGGGCUGAAAGUUAACCCAUCCCUCACCACCACCAAAUUUUCUGGUGUAUCUAGCAUGGGUGCUUCUUCCAGCACAUCACUCAGUAAUGAUAAGUAGUUUAAAUGAUUGGUGUCCUGAAAGAAUUGAUGCCAAGGACAGAGAACCAUCUGUACCAAUAACAAGGGCCUUAUGCUGGAAAAAAUAUUUGUACAAAUAUGCAAGCCUGGUAUCUAAUGUCAACAAUGCAUGUGAAAAACUAAAUCAAAUCAUUGCACAAAACCAUUAUUUGGAAGAAAAGGCCACUAAAAAUUACUUGUGACAUAGAAUUAUCCAUAAUUUUCUAAACGGGUGAUAAUGUCUGAGAAAGAGGGCCAGAAACGUUAAGCGGGGCAAGAAUUUCCAGAGUCCCAGGAUCCAUUUAGAUCUUCUGGAGUUUCAUUCUCCCUGAACUUGCACAAAGUUCGUUGUGAGCAGAGAGAAUAUAUGAAAAAAAGACCAACAAAAAAACUCCUUUAUAUACAUAUAAAUUCCUGGGAAGAACUAGAAACCAAAUUAGAGAGUAGUAACCAUGGCAACAAGAACAACAUAGUUCCAAUAUGUAAACAGGAACUGAUUGUUCCUGUGACUACUCUGCUUUUGUUCAUCUUACAUAAUUGAAUCAUAUGUUUUCAAACAAAUCAGGAAAAGAAAAAAAAAAGGCCUCUUUCUUCCUGACCCCAUUCUAAUAGUCCAUGCUGUGAUAUUCAGGGACGAUGAACAGAUAUAUCCACAAUAUAUUUUCUAAUGAGGGACAAAUACAUACCUGUGUGUAAGUCCAUUUGGGGGGUUGUUGCUUUGUUAUAUAUAUAUAUAUAUAUGUUUAUAUAUAUGUUUUAUACAGAAAGCGUAGUAUACUGUUUUGUAAGAAAAUAAGAGCAUAAGACAAGUGGAAAGAAUUGCAGCAGUGCUUAGCAAAAUAAACGACACUGGAAAAGUAAAGAAAAUUAACACUCUAAAUGAUGUGGAAGACUAUUUUCUAUUUUCGUUUUUUUGUGUGUGCUACUUAUGAUUUCCUGAGUAACCCAAAGCAUUAGCUGGUCUUACCUACUAACUAUAAAAUAUAGUUAAAGCAGAUACAUGCUGAUAUACUUGUUCUGCACUAAAUAUUUUUACAUAAAAAAUGAGGCCCAGGGGAACCUAAAUAGAAAACUGCACAUUUUAUGGUUCAGACAAACACCCCAGAAAUAAUGUGACAGAUGUCUCCUGUUAGAGAUACAGUGUGGACAUGGGAAUUGAGAGAGGGUUGACAUGGGAAUCCAUAUAGGUUGAGUCAUUCCAUCAAAUCAAGCAAAUGCAAAAUGAAAAUAAAAAUAAAAUCACCAGCAAAUUAAAACAAAAUAGAUUUUAUCUUUCUUGUCCACAUUUGGUGUGUUAUCCCGUGUAUUGUCUAUGUACAUACAGCAUGAUUGGAUUUUGGGGUGGUUUAAAAAUAAACAAAAUCAGUUGUGCUAACACAA